AUGCAUUUCCCGACCAUGCGACUGCAGCUCACCCGACUCGGGAGCCCGAGUCGGAUACCUUGGACACGGAGCUUCUCCUCUUCCUCACAACGCUACGAGAUUAGAGAUGUCGGGCUGCUCCCACAGCGUCUGAUACCUAAAUAUCAAGAAUCCCAAGUGGGCGAUCUUCUUUCCCUCCAAUGGCCAGCUCCCCCGCGAAAUAUUUUCGUCGUAAAGAAGGACUAUGCGCCUGCUGUCACCACAUCCCUAAUUGAAUUUGCCAAUCACGCGACGUCUACCUAUCCAUCGACCUCGAUCAUUCUAGAACCCAGUGUCGCAGAGGAGGUACAUUCAUCACUUCAAUCACCGGUUUACUCCGCCUCUCUAGACCAACUACGGCCGGCCCUGCAUGACAAGGUAGAUCUCACCGUUACGCUAGGGGGAGAUGGGACGAUUUUGCAUGCUUCGUCCUUGUUUGCCACGUGCUACAAUGUGCCCCCGGUAUUGUCGUUCAGCAUGGGAACCCUCGGGUUCCUAAGCGAAUGGAAGUUUGCCGAAUACAAGCGCGCACUUCGCGAGGUAUACAUGUCUGGUGCAGGAGUUGGGGAUCGCGCGACGGUGCUGGGUGACCCCCAACCAACCUCUGACGAGGAGUCGCUGGAACUCGGAGCGGGCCCUACUGGAUGGUCGUCGGUGCGAGGAAAGUCGAUGGGCUUGACGCGCGGGGCUCGGAUCUUGAUGCGCAAUCGGCUCAAGGUCGGACUGUUCACUGCAGAUGGUCAGCCGGUACAACGAGAAUCCAAAUCGGCCGGCAUGCCAAACAGCCUGGACAAACAGGGGGCGUAUGUGAUGAACGAGGUGCUUCUGCAUCGAGGCAAGGAACCACAUCUGGCUGUGCUGGACGUCUAUGUUGGGGGCCGGUUCCUGACGGAGGCCGUGGCCGACGGAAUCAUCAUUUCAACACCGACGGGUAGCACGGCAUACAGUCUGAGCAGUGGUGGCAGCAUUGUGCACCCGCUCGUUCCAGCGGUUCUGCUGACCCCGAUCUGUGCACGAAGCCUGAGCUUCCGGCCCUUGGUACUGCCGUCCAGUACCCCAAUCACAUUACGACUGAGCGAGAAAAACAGGAGCCGCGAGCUGGAGGUUAGCAUAGACGGGGUGAACCUGGGGCAAGGGUUGACGGCGGGGAUGGAGGCGCGAGUAUGGGACGAGGAGAUGCGUCAUGGCAAAAAUGAAUGGCAAGGGGGUGUGCCAUGUGUAAUGCGAAGGAUCACGGGCGGAGAGGCGCACGAUGGAUGGGUGGGAGGGUUGAAUGGAUUGCUGAAGUUCAACCAUCCAUUUGGAGAGGAGCGGUGA